AUGAAGGAAAAUCCGUUGCUUCCAUUUGCAUUCACGCGUUCAGAGUCAACAGAAAUUGCGCUCGAUACGACCCCAAGAGAUCGGAAAAUUCGUGAUGAAAAUGCCGAGAGUAUGUACCAUACUCGAAAUGCCACGACGGCUCCCCCGUUUAGGCCAUUGUUGAAAGGCCUAGGACCUCCUAGUUUAAAAAGAAAGCCAGGCGAAUCGUUCAGUGAAAGAGACGAUAUCAAAAGAAGAGAAGUUGACGAUGAAAUAUACGAUUCCACCGCAACAACCGACACGGAUGUUGAUGCAGGUUCUGAGAACGAAGUAACUAGAGUGGAUUCGUUUACCUUUGGAAAUUCUAAAAUGGCUCCUCCCAGUAGCCCACCAUUGGUUUCAUUAAAUCAUUUUGCAUCUGAGUUUGACUUUUCAACCAAAAACUUCGAAAUGCCCGACUCUCCACAUAGGAUGAGCGGCAACGAGCACGACAAUUAUGAUUCAGUUGAUGAUUCUGAUCCGAAUGACAACGAUGUAGAUAACGACGCGAUCACUUCAACUCAGUUGAGCAGCAAUGGGCCAAUAGUUAAAGUACUGAAGCAUUUGAGCUCAGAUGCUGAUUUUGGUAUUGACAGGUUCAACCGAUUCCGUGCUCCGGCUUUCUUCUCUACAGACGACGAUAGACGAGAAAAGGUGAGAGAAAACGACCGAAUCAACCAGUUAAAAGCCAGAGAUAUCGUCCUACAGGCAUUUGAAAAUAUCCAGACUAAGAUUAAUCUUGAAGGCAUGCAUUUAAAGGAAAUUCCAGAGGAGAUAAAGGACUUUGAUGACUUGGUUGUGUUUAAUACCAAUCCUUCGUCCUCAUCGUACAUCUCCUAUCAAUUAUACCUUACAAACAAUAAAAUACGAGUACUUCCACCAUCAUUGUUUAAGUUCACCAAAUUGAACGUUUUAGCUCUCCGUCUGAAUAAAAUAACCCAAAUUCCAAAACUAAUAGGUCAGCUUAGGAAUUUAACGGAUUUGUACAUUGGAACAAACAGGCUCAAAUGGCUACCAUCUAAUAUUCUUGAAUUAGACAAAUUGAGUGUGUUGCUGACUGGACCAAACCCAUUUAUUUCAGUUCCAGAAGAUGCAAUAGAAAUGGUAAACGCUACACUAAAUGUGAACAGAAAUAAAAGGUUUGCGUCUAAACCAAGGCGAAUGAAACUGACUUCAAAUGCGCCACCAUCGCUUAAAGCAUUUUGUUUGAAUUCAGUUGCAAAAUAUGAUGUUUCAUACCAAGAAACAAAAAACUGGAAGAAGUACACUCCAAAGUUGUAUCACGCACUUAUUGCAAAGGCAAUUGUAAAUGGUCAAUACCAAAAUACAUGUAGUGAAUGUGACUUGAUUGUUGUGGAACCUCUAGCUGAAUCUUUAGAGUGGUGGGAUAUAUUGGGAAAUAAAUUGGUACCCAUACGAAGAGAGUAUUGUAGCGAAAGAUGCUUAAAAAAGUGGGAAGUGAAAACUUUCAACGAUUAUUAG